AUGGAUGCAAAUAGAAAGGAGAAGACGACUCGUCUGAGAUGUUCAAGCAAAUGGUCGUCUGUGAUUCCGUUGCUCAACGUCAGCAGUAAUAUCUUACCCAAGGUGAUUGAUUAUUGCAGGAAACACGUCAAUGUCGAUGAGCUUUACCAUCUUAUAAUGGCUGCCAACUACCUUCAUAUCAAAGGGUUGCUGGAUUUGACUUGCCAGAAGGUGGCUCUGAUACCAUGA